AGCGGAUUAAAGCUGGCUGCCAUCUGUGGCCGCAGAUUGAUAAUAAGCCCAGUUAAGAGUAUCAAUCAGCGGCUGCGCGGCUCCAGAACAGACCGCCUGCUCUUCUCUCAGCCCGGAACCAUCCCCAUACAAUAAACUGGCAAACGAAACCAUUAAACCCAGUGCAAAGCAAGUACUGGGUAAAUAAAGUGAUGUUAUUUGCGCGCUGCAUACACGUUCAAUCAGCUGUUUUAUGUCCCUACGUCAUCGCGUCGGUCUCCAACGGCAACCAAGCCGCGCGGUGUCGUUGGUCAGAAUGGAUUCCCUCACAGAGGCGGAAAUGGCUCAGAUAGCAAAGCUACAGAGAGAUGCUGGUGUGGAGACGCUCAGCCGUCACUUCUUGUGGUCUGAGUUUUGUGAUGAACGACGAUGCUUCCAUCAGGAUUUUGUGUAUGACGUGGCCAUGUUUGCUGCAGACCGUGGCUUCUCCUGGCCUCAUGUUAUCCGGGCAGCUGCGAUCGCCAGAGACAUCUUUCCACAGCUGGACGAUCUCGACGUACUCGGCUUGUUGUCCCUACUGAGAGAGGUGCUGCAUGAGCGUUUACCAAACCUUGCUCCCAUCCAUCAACAUGACCUCACCAGGUACCUCACAGACAUCUGCAUCGUCCGGCGGAGGCUUUUCCAGGCGGUGGUCAGUGGAGCUGCGCACAUGUCUAUCACUCAGCUACACUUGGAGGUGCAACUGCCACCCACACCCUCUCCUCUGGCACAGGGCACUGAUCUGCAAGAGUGGGAGAGUCAGCAGCAUCAAGCUAGUCUCACUUCAGCCUUGCAGCAGAAGGAAACAGAGCUGAGGUGUCUCAGACAUGGGUCACGGGUCACUCUGGAGGACAUCGUUCUUCCAAAGGAUGAGCAUCUGGACCAACAGGGCAUUUUGAAGUUGGUUCGUGCAGCAGUGAGGACCACCGAGGGCCAGAUACUGCAGAGUCUGAUCCAAGAGGCCAGUUUGCUCAGUGACAUCAUGCAGCUCAAACUGCAGCAGGAGGCUCUGGCCACUGGGAGGCACAACAAUACUUCUACCAAUACAGAACCACACCAACGUCCAGCUACUGAGACGAAGGCAAAUAUACAAACUGCAAAAAACACAAAAGGAGUGAAGGCAUCUGGAAAAGCCACAUGAAGUCAGGAACUCAGUGAAGCAUCCUGAUUGGA